AUGGGAGUUGCUGGCCUCUCGGUCGCCCAAGAGAAUUCCUCGUCAAACUCGACCGCCGACACGAGUGACAACACGAGACCAGCAGCGAUCGCCGAUGCGGACCAAAACAACUGUUCCGCGCAGAGACAAGAUGCCAUCGCCGUCGGAUCCGUCCUCGGCGUCUCGCUCCUCGGCGUAGCCAUCGCGCUAGCCGUGUGGGCGGUGUGGGAGCGGAGGCAGAAGAUACUCUGGUGGCAGCGUGCGAUAGGGCUCGCCCCGCAAUGGCCUCCGGAGACUGCGACGUGGAUGAGGGUGCAGAGCCAGACUCCCAAGCCACCGCCCUGUCCAGUGACCAGAGCCAAGCUUGUCUACUCUGCUUAUCAGCAGCGGAAGAGCGCACAAGACCAGGCAGCUGAGCCGCCGGCGGCGGCGGCGAGCCCACAACGCCCGCGGGAGAUGCCAGAUGGAAUUCCCGCAGCCGCUGAGAUGGAUGCCACGUGA